AUGUCUUCGUCUCAAACGCUCAUAACGAAGAAGAAGACGAAGAGGAAAAAAUUGGACGCUUUUACGGUGUUCACCUUUCUCGCCUUUUACUUCAAGUCCGAUUUCGCGUUCUUCGUCGUCGCGUUUCUCAUAAAGUACCUGCUUUUUUUCAUCCCGAAAAGGAAAACGACAUUUUUUAAUCGAGGAUGGGGAAACUUUGAACUGGUGAAACAAAUGCGAGCGUCGGUGGUGAAAUCAGUCUCCAGUGGACGCGGGUUUGUGAACGACGCGAUGGUCGUCCAGUGGGACCCGUUCGGAGAAAUCGUUCAAACCGAGGUGGACGGUUGGAACGUCGUGGAAUGUGCAGAUAUCGAUUCCACAGAGAAUUCGACAUUUUUGUCGAAGAUUUUGCCAAAACACAAACGUGUGGGCUCAAGAAGAACAUCCGAAGGAAAAGAUGAAAAAAAAACAAAAACACAAACAACGAAAACACCCAAAAGUGGUGGACGAAAAAGGGAGAACUCUCUACAAGAAGAAGAAGAAGAAAAAAGAACAACGACGCACACCAUCAACUGCGACACCGGGAUUUUUAAAAUCAAAGAAGUCGCUUCGCUGUGCAAGAAAUCCAGAAACUUAUCCGCUUUACAAAGUGGGGAGAUACUGAGAGUGUGGAAAUCGUCCUCGUCUCGGAGAUUGGACGAUAGGAAAGUGAAACGGGUCGCUAUCGUGUUACCGUUUACGGGCGAUACGACGUUCGCGUUUCGAAGACGCACGGCGGAGAAUUUGCUGACGGCGCAUUAUAAAGAGAACGAUGCGAUGGAAGAUGAAGCAAUGGUCGUUUUAAUUCCCGAGUUUCCGUUUUAUGGGAAACGGAGAGUGGUUGGGCAACCCACUCAUGUUAUUAGCACCGUGAGCGAGUACAUUUUAAUGCACUUGAUUGGAUUGAGAGAGGCGUGUGGAUUAAUCGAAUGGGCCAGAGAUACCUACGGCGACGAAGUUUCCAUCGCAAUCGGUGGUUGCUCUAUGGGCGGUUACAUUGCAGCGAACGCAGGUAUUCUUACCUCUCGCGGCUUUCAUGGGGACGAGAAUACGAACACGAAGAAGAAGGUAGGGAACAACGCGAACAAAAAGUUGGGCGUGGUGAGCGUGUGUUCGUGGCACAACUUUGAAAAAUCAUUCGCUCCAAACUCGUAUUUGUAUUUAAGAUUAGAUCGAGAGCAGCUCUUGAUUAAGGAUAGUUACGUGGAAAACAUGAUCUCAGAGAUCGUGUUAUCCUCGGAAAGCGAAGCGUCAAGUUCUUCCGAUGAACUUUCUGGCGAGAAAAGACAAUCAUCUCGACGCGUCUUUGGAGAAUCAAACGUAACCUCGGCGCCGGAAUCACCUCGCUCGAUCAAGAGCAAGAGCACGUCGACGUCAUCCAGUUUGUCCAAGGAUGACAGCAUAUUCGAAAACCUAGACUGGAAAGCCGUUCUGAAUCGAACGUUGCAACGAUUAGUUGGCAUCGAGCGUUUGAUGAAAGCGAGCGGAGGCGCGGGAAUUUUUGAGCACAAGUUGGACGCAAUGGUGGCUCACUUCGCCAAAAGAGAUAAAUUAAUCACGUCUGAUUACGAUGAAGUUGGUGCAAUUAUGAGCCGGUGUACCGCGUUAACGAAACUAGACGGUGUUGCUUUCACGUACGAUUCCGGUGAUCAUUUGAAAAACGUGAUCAACUCAAAAGCCGCCAUCGUGCCCGCUUUCCUCGAGGCGUUCAAGCGCAUGGAAUCGUCGAGAUGA